AUGUCUUGGGACGAUGGAACGCACGCGAAGGUGAAGAAAAUAGAGCUUACGUACGGUGACCUCAUCUACUCAAUCAAAGUCACGUACGAAGGAACCACCGUUCCACCUCAGCUUCACGGCACCGCUUCGUCCAGACUUGCCGAGUUCACUUUGGAUCCGGACGAGUACAUAACGGCUCUUUCUUCUUACGGCAAAAUGUUGGGCACGCAAGAAGCUAUAAUGGCGAUGACUUUUACAACCAACAAGAAGACUUAUGGUCCCUACGGAAACAAAUUCGGUUCCCUGACCUCUACUCCCGAGGCCACCGGUAAGCAGAUCGCCGGUUUCUUUGGUACCAGCGGUAGUUAUCUCAACUCCAUUAAUGUUCACUACGCUCCUGUACCCACGGGAACUGGCACCGGAACGAGCACCGGAUCUGGAACAGGAACCGAAUCAGGAACUGACGGAUCAGAAACCGGCACUGGAACUGGUACAAGCACUGGAUCUGGAACCGGGACCGAAUUAGGUUCUGGGACCGGAACUGGCGGAUCAGGACCCGGCUCAGGAACUGGAACUAGUACCAACACUGGAUCAGGAUCCGGUUCAGGAGCUGAGAAAUUGGAUGCACAAGGUGGCACUGGAGGAACUGUAUGGGACGACGGGUCCGAUCACGACGGUGUGACGAAGAUAUACAUAAGACAAGGUGCACUAGGCAUUCAAUACGUUAAGUUCGACUAUGUGAAAGCUGGACAACCAAUCACAGGAGCCAUGCACGGUGUGCAGGGUAGUAGAGGUUCAGAUAAAGAUGUUGUGAUUAUCCAUCCUGAUGAAUAUCUAAUCUCUGUCAAUGGUUGGUAUGAUUCUUCCAAUGUCAUUCAGGGAAUCCAAUUCAAAACCAACAAGACAACUUCUGAGAAUUUUGGUUAUGAAUUAGAUGGUGACGGUACUGAGUUCACUUUACAAGUUCAAGACAAAAAGAUCAUUGGAUUUCAUGGAUUCGCUAGUAACCAUCUCAAUUCCAUUGGAGCUUAUUUCGUUCCAUUAGUCACCACCACUCCUUCGGUUCCUCCGAAGAAACUGAAAGCAGAGGGUGGUGAAGGAACUGUGUGGGACGAUGGUAGCCACGACAAUGUUAAAAAGGUAUAUGCAGGACAAGGCGACAGUGGUGUAGCAGCUGUCAUGUUUGAAUACACAAAUGGUUCUCAAGUGGUUAUUGGAGCUGAACGUGGGAAGUCCACACCGCUAGGAUUUGAAGGGUUUGAACUUGAAUCAGGUGAAUACAUAACAUCAGUGCAAGGAACCUACGACAAAAUCUAUGGGCAUGACAAUGCUAUACUGACAAUGCUCAUUUUCAAGACUAGCAAGAACAAAACAUGGGGGCCAUAUGGGCUUGAAGGUAGCACAAGGUUUGUAUUGAAAGAGGAAGGUUACAAGAUUGUCGGGUUCCAUGGACGAGCUGGUGAGAAUAUUAAUGCUAUUGGAGCUUAUUUAGCUCCAAUAGGCACUAUACCUAUAAUUCCUGCAACACCAGGCCAGAAGCUAGAAGGAAUUGGUAGUGAUGGAGGAACUUCAUGGGAUGAUGGUGCGUACGAUGGUGUUAAGAAAGUNUAUGUAGGUCAAGCCGAUAGUGGUAUAUCNGCCGUUAAGUUUGAGUACAACAAAGGAGCUCAAGUUGUAUUUGGAGAUGAACAUGGAGAACCCACAUUGCUUGAUUACGAAGAGUUUGUGAUUGACUAUCCAAGUGAAUACAUCACGCAAGUGGACGGCACCUUUGAUAAGAUAUUUGGGAGUGAUGGCACGGUCAUAAAUAUGCUUAGGUUCAAGACUAACAAGAAAACAUCUAUUCCUUAUGGACUUGAAGCUGGCACACCCUUCGUAUUCAAAAAGGAAGGCCACAAGAUUGUUGGGUUCCAUGGAAGUGUCGGUAAUCUGCUUAAUAAAUUUGGAGUCCAUGUCCUACCCAUUACCAACUGA